GCGUUUGGCUUUUGGAUCGCUCGAACUUAUACUAUAAUUAGUCGUGUUCCGUCUCCUCGAGCCCAGCGACGGCAACAUAUAAAUUAAUAUUCGACGAGGACAGAGCAAAUUAUUGUGCAGGCUUAAGUGCAUAGGGCAUCAUGUUGCCCUUCUGGAAGCGGCUGCUGUAUGCCGCUGUCAUCGCGGGAGCGUUAGUCGGUGCCAACGCUCAAUUUUGGAGGGAGUCUGGUACGUCCGGUUCGAUCCAGGACUCUGUGAGGCAUCAAAAUAGAAAUGAUCAAAGAUUCCCAAUCGACCCUAGCUUCGAUAUUGUUGACUCCGCCUCAAUACAGCGCGGUGAGCCGUUGCCAAAGAAUUGUACGGCCGGACCUGCGGGAUGUGUUCCCAAGUGCAUAGCGGAGAAGGGAAACCGGGGUCUGCCGGGCCCACAUGGACCUACGGGAUUAAAGGGUGAAAUGGGAUUCCCUGGCAUAGAGGGACCGUCGGGCGACAAGGGUCAAAAGGGUGACCCUGGCCCAUAUGGACAGCGAGGCGAUAAGGGUGAGCGCGGAUCGCCAGGUCUUCACGGUCAGCCUGGUGUACCCGGAGUACAGGGUUCUGCUGGCAAUCCUGGAGCCCCCGGCAUUAAUGGCAAAGACGGUUGCGAUGGUGAACCAGGUAUGGCUGGUCUUCGAGGUCUUGAUGGAAUGGCUGGACCCCGUGGUUUUCCCGGCAAUCUUGGCAGCAAGGGUGAGAAGGGUGAGCCGGCCAAGGAAAACGGUAACUACGAGAAGGGCGAGAAGGGUGAUCCCGGAUUUAGAGGCACAGCCGGCUUAGCCGGACCACAAGGACUACCUGGAGAUAAGGGUGAUCGUGGCGACAGUGGACCGUAUGGAGCUAAAGGACCUCGAGGUGAAUACGGUCAAAAGGGUGACAAGGGUGCUUCAUGCUACGGCCCCAUGAAGCCAGGUGCACCGGGUAUCAAGGGCGAAAAGGGCGAACCGGCGGCAUCACUCCCAAGCACAAACUCGGUCUCAGUCCAGGGACCUCGAGGCGAUGUGGGACAGAAGGGAGAGCCAGGCAUAAUCGGACGGAAAGGUGAGGCCGGACCGGAGGGUAACACUGGAACCGAUGGACAGAAAGGAGAGAAGGGUCUCCCCGGCCGCCCCGGUGAUCGUGGUCGCCAAGGUGAAUUUGGACCCACAGGAUCUGAUGGACAAAAGGGAGAUCGCGGUGAACCUGGUUUGAAUGGUCUGCCUGGUAAUCCAGGAUCAAAGGGUGAACCAGGACUUCCGGGAGCUACAGGUCAACAGGGUCUGCUUGGUCCUCCGGGACCGCCAGGUGGUGGUCGUGGAACACCAGGACCUCCUGGACCGAAAGGACCUCGUGGCUAUACUGGUGCACACGGACCUCCAGGAUUAAAUGGAGCAGAUGGACAGCCGGGACCGCAGGGAUACCCAGGGCAGAAGGGAGGCGCUGGUGUACCUGGACGACCUGGUAAUGAAGGACCAGCUGGCAGAAAGGGAGAAAAGGGAACUGCUGGACGUGAUGGACCUAAGGGUCCAAUAGGACCCAUUGGACACCAAGGACCACCAGGAUCCGAAGGACAGAAGGGAGACGCUGGCUUGCCUGGCUAUGGCACUCAAGGAUUAAAGGGUGAUGAAGGUAUUCCUGGAUAUCCCGGACAGAAGGGAAACAAGGGUGAGCGCGGCUUUAAGGGUAACGCUGGUGUUCCCGGCGAUGCCAAGUUGGGUCGUCCCGGAACCCCCGGUGCAGCUGGAGCCCCUGGACAAAAGGGUGAUGCAGGUCGUCCAGGCACUCCUGGCCAGAAGGGAGAUAUGGGCAUUAAGGGAGACGUCGGUGGCAAGUGUUCAUCCUGCAGAAGCGGUCCGAAGGGAGAGAAGGGUAAUAGCGGCUUGCCAGGAAUUCCCGGAAGGGAUGGCGCUCCAGGAAAGCCUGGAGAGAAAGGAUAUCCCGGAGAACGUGGUCAUGACGGUAUCAACGGCCAAACUGGACCACCAGGUGAAAAAGGAGAGGACGGUCAGACUGGCCUUCCCGGAGCCACUGGAUUGCCUGGAUUACCAGCCUUUGCCAAUAUGAGUUUGAUUGAGGGUGAGAAGGGUGAAAAGGGUAAUGCCGGUUGGCCGGGCGCAGAGGGAGUGAAAGGAGAUCGCGGAGCACCGGGUCUACCUGGCCAGCCUGGUGGCAAGGGUGAAUUUGGCUUGAAGGGCGAUAAAGGUCUGAGCGGAGCUCCUGGCGUGGAUGGAAGACCCGGACGCGCUGGACGAAAUGGUUACCCUGGAAACGACGGCUUAUCCAUCAAGGGUGAGCCAGGAUUACACGGAUCGGACGGAGAAAAGGGAGACAAGGGUUCGUCCGGUUACAGCGGCGAAAAGGGAGAACCCGGCAGCUGUGCUGCUGGCGAGCUCAAGAUACCCGCCAAAGGAAACAAAGGUGAACCCGGUCAGAUUGGGCUGACAGGACCUAUGGGAGGUGUCGGCGACAAAGGAGAUAUUGGAUACACUGGAGCCAAGGGUAACACUGGUCCUGAGGGACCGCCUGGUGCUGAUGGACCUCGUGGCUUAAAUGGACCUCGCGGUGAUAAGGGCAACCAGGGAGCACUCGGUGCCCCAGGUAAUCCUGGCAAGGAUGGGCUACGCGGCCUUCCCGGACGUAAUGGAGCACCUGGUCUGAGGGGUGAGCCUGGAGUAUCUAGGCCCGGUCCCAUUGGUCCCCCCGGUCUCAUGGGUUUGCAAGGCGAGAAAGGUAACCGUGGUCCAACUGGAGCGACGGGUCUUCCCGGUGCCGACGGCAGCGUUGGAUAUCCUGGUGAUAGAGGCGAACCUGGUUUACCCGGAAUUGCCGGACUUCCUGGAGUUGUUGGCGAGAAAGGAGACAUUGGACCUGAAGGACCUCCUGGUGUGGCUGGACCUCCUGGUAUUCCUGGUAUUGACGGAGUACGUGGACGUGAUGGCGCCAAGGGUGAACCCGGUAAUCCCGGCCUGGUUGGCAUGCCUGGCAACAAGGGUGAUCGCGGCGCGCCAGGAAAUGAUGGACCCAAGGGCUUUGCUGGCGUCACUGGUGCUCCCGGAAAGCGUGGACCUGCUGGUUUCCCCGGAGUUUCUGGUGCCAAGGGUGAUAAGGGAGCUGCUGGAUUGACUGGCAAUGAUGGACCAGUGGGAGGCCGUGGUCCUCAAGGUGCUCCUGGCAUAAUGGGUGUGAAGGGUGAUCAAGGAGUGGCUGGUGCUCCAGGACAACGCGGAUUAGAUGGUUUACCUGGAGAGAAGGGUUCCCAGGGAUUGCCCGGUCUUGAUGGCGUUCCUGGAUUGCCUGGUGAUGCCUCAGAAAAGGGGCAAAAGGGUGAGCCCGGACUUUCUGGUCUUCGUGGAGAUACUGGUCUGACCGGAGAGCCCGGUUGGCCUGGUGAAAAGGGUCUGCCCGGUCUGGCUAUUCACGGACGUCCUGGUCCGCAGGGUGAGAAGGGUGAUACGGGACGCACUGGCCUUGAUGGACGCGAUGGACUCGAUGGCGAGAAGGGCGAACAAGGUCUGCAGGGCAUUUGGGGCCAGCCUGGUGAGAAGGGAUCUAUCGGAGCCCAGGGUAUUCCCGGUGCUCCCGGAAUCGAUGGCUUGCCUGGCGCACCCGGAACCCCUGGCGCUGUUGGCUAUCCUGGCGUUCGAGGAGAUAAGGGAGAGCCUGGUCUCUCUGGCCUAAAUGGACUCAAGGGUGAAGUUGGACUUAUCGGCCUGCAAGGCUACCCUGGUGCUCCUGGACCCAAGGGUGAGCGCGGUAUCCGCGGUCAGCCUGGUGCUCCGGCAACCAUCGACGUAGACGCUCUCCGUGGCGAGAAGGGAUCUAAGGGCGAGCGAGGCUUUGUCGGCGAGAAGGGCGAACAGGGCGAGCGAGGUGAAACAGGUCUAAUUGGCUACUCUGGACCCAAGGGUGAUCGCGGCUUGCAGGGACCACCUGGCGCAAGCGGAUUGAAUGGUCUUCCUGGUGCAAAGGGUGACAUCGGACUUAGAGGCGAGACGGGCUAUCCUGGAGCUACUAUCAAGGGCGAAAAGGGUCUGCCCGGUCGACCUGGCCGAAAUGGACGUCAAGGACUCGUCGGAGCACCUGGCUUAAUUGGUGAACGCGGUCUGCCCGGUUUGGAUGGAGAGCCAGGUCUUGUUGGCAUGCCUGGACCAGUUGGACCAGCUGGUAUCAAGGGAGAACGCGGUUUAGCCGGCAGUCCUGGUUUACCAGGACAGGAUGGCUUCCCAGGUUCUCAAGGUCCGAAGGGAGAACAGGGACCUCAAGGCUUUAAGGGCGAACGUGGUCUGAACGGUUUUGAAGGACAAAAAGGAGACAAGGGUGAUCGAGGACUCCAAGGACCACCUGGAUUGGCUGGUUUGGCCGGAGCCAAGGGUGACACUGGCUACCCCGGAUUGGAUGGAAGUAUUGGACCUGAUGGACCUCCGGGCGAACGUGGUUUCGCCGGACCAAAGGGACGCGACGGACGUGACGGAUUACCUGGUCAGCCUGGACAGAAAGGUGAACCAGGAUUGCUACCGCCGCAAGGAGUUAAGGGUGAACCUGGUCAACCGGGUCGUGAUGGACAAAAGGGAGAACCCGGACGUCCGGGAGAACGUGGCCUGAUCGGAAUCCAGGGCGAGCGUGGCGAGAAGGGUGAACGCGGUCUGAUCGGCGAGACUGGUAACGUCGGUCAUAUUGGUGCUAAGGGAGACCGCGGAGAGCAGGGUGAGAGGGGCUAUGAGGGUGCUAUUGGAUUAAUUGGUCUAAAGGGCGAACCUGGUGCACCGUGCACAGCCGCUUUGGACUACCUCACCGGCAUCCUGGUGACGCGACACAGUCAAUCUGAAACGGUUCCCAAGUGCUACCCCGGACACACGGAGCUCUGGACGGGAUAUUCGCUUUUGUACGUUGAUGGCAAUGACUAUGCCCACAACCAGGACCUCGGAUCCCCCGGGUCCUGUGUGCCUAGAUUCUCAACACUGCCUGUGCUCUCAUGUGGCCAAAACAACGUCUGCAAUUACGCCUCGCGCAACGAUAAGACCUUCUGGCUGACCACCAACGCCGCCAUUCCGAUGAUGCCCGUGGAGAACAACGAGAUUCGACAGUACAUCUCACGUUGCGUCGUUUGUGAGGCACCAGCCAAUGUGAUCGCCGUGCACAGUCAAACGAUAGAGGUUCCCGAUUGUCCGAAUGGUUGGGAGGGUAUUUGGAUUGGCUACAGUUUCCUCAUGCACACGGCUGUAGGCAAUGGUGGCGGUGGACAAGCACUGCAAUCACCUGGUUCCUGUUUGGAGGACUUCCGCGCUACUCCCUUCAUCGAGUGUAACGGCGCUAAGGGCACGUGCCACUUCUAUGAGACAAUGACCAGUUUCUGGAUGUUCAACCUGGAGACCGCACAGCCGUUCGAUAAGCCACAACAGCAGACAAUCAAGGCCGGUGAACGGCAGUCGCAUGUGUCCAGGUGCCAGGUCUGCAUGAAGAACUCCUCGUAGGAGGCCUCCAAGUAAUAACAACACCACAGACACCCACAGCACACAGCAUAAGUUUAAUCUAAAUGUAAAGCCUUAAAAUUACCAACGAAUCGUGUGAAAACCAACACACUCACAACACAAACAAACACACACCGACGAACAAACACUGCUACAAAUUCCUUAAACUAACCAAAAAGAAAAAAACGGAUCCCCCGGUCGAAGUGCUAUUUACCGACCUGGACCACAAUGCCAUUUUUUUAUCUGCCAAUUAAUGUUCUAAAAGAAUGUAAACUGCUUCUUAGUUACGUUACGUAAGUUAAGUAAAUCAAACAAAUAAAUAAACUAGCCUCGAUCGUAUGUCCAAAAAUAUAAAAACACCUGCAUACGUUGUGCAUGUUCCAUUUUAUUUCCAAACCGAUUUAAUGCGAAUGAAUGUAUCUUAUAAAAGAGAUAUUACGAACAUCGAUAGAAUCCGUUGACAUAGAUCGCCUCCUCAACUGCUAAACACAACUUUGUCGCUUAUUGUUUACGUUUAUAAAACAAACAAAAAAUGGUAAAAUAAAGAAAAUUUAUAAAUACAA